AUACGUUGGAAAUUCGUGACAAGAGCGCGACAGCGUGAAUAAAAUAUGACGCCGAGGUGAAGUCGGACGAUGCAUUUGGUUUCACGGUCAGACGUGCUCCGACAUCGGACGAGACAAUGGACGUGUUCCAAAGGGAGUACAACACCUACUAUUCGCUGCUGUGCAUCUUAGGGCUGUGGCCCUACAACAAUUCGAUCCUGGUUAAAGUUCAAAGAACGGUUUUCAUUUUCAUCAUGGUCUGCUGCACGGUGGUACAGGUCAAGUUGUUAAUAUCGGCUGAAUUUAAGUUGAAGAACGUAUUCACGGCGUUAACGUCUGGCUGUCCAAUCAUGUUGUUCUUUAUACGCUACGUCGGUUUCAUAUUUUGUUUCCCAGCGACGAGAUUGCUCUAUGGUAACAUAGUCACCGAUUGCAAUACGCUGAAAAACUCGAUCGAACGGGACAUACUGAUGCAGAAUAUAGCUGCUUCGAAACGAAUUAUCCUAAUAUUCAUAAUAGUAUGUUGUUUCGGAAUUGUUUGCGUCGUCAUACUGUUGAUGUUUCCAUCGUUCCUCAACUUUCUGGCGUCCAGGAACGUGACGCGAGUAGACUAUUUGAAGUUCAGCGGAUUCUUCGAUGUCCAAGAGAAAUACUGUAUCGUAGUGGCUAUGCAUGCAACGCUUACGUCCAUGAUUGGAUUGCUGGUGAUAGCGUGUACCGAAUCGACGCUCGCAGUUUACGCGUAUUACGUAUCCGGACUGUUUAGAAUUACUAGUUACCGAUUACGAAAUGCUGUAGACAACGCUGUGGAACAAAUUGUACAUAAUCACAAUGGAUCCAAUCAUAGCAGUAUUCCUGAGGCUGUAGCUAUACACACGAAAUCGAUUAAAAUCAUCGACGAAACGGCGGCUAUGAUAACGAUACCCUAUUUAGUAGCCAUUAUAGUUGUCGUAGUCUCCUUUGGUUUGAAUCUAUACCGACUUUUUUUAGCAACACUGGACAUAGAUUCUAUAGAAAUAAUUUUCUCCGGGAUGCUGGUUACCAUUCACCUGGUGAUCAUGUUCUUGAAUAAUUACAACGGACAGAAAAUCAUAGACGACAGCGGGAGCGUAUUUUACGAAACAUACGACACUACGUGGUAUAGCACCCCACCGAGUGUGCAGAAACUUCUUUUAAUGAUAAUGCAUAGAAGCUCGAUCGAAUGUGCUUUUAAUCUUGCCGAUUUGUUUACGCCGAGCUUCAUUGGCUUUUCGACGAUGAUGAGCUCGUCGUUCUCGUAUUUCACUCUUCUGUAUUCGACGAGGCAGAAUGGCAACGAUGAUCGCUAGUCAUCACGAUGAUUACGACUCUCGAAGGCGACGACGAUUACAAACUACUUAUUGCGCGAUGAGGAA